AUGAGUCGCCGUCUCUAUUGUACGAAGCUGCGAUUCUCAAAGCAUGAUCUGAAGGUUCCCGAGGAGAGAAUACAGCACUGGAGAAACCGUGACACCAUCGAAAGCUUGGUCCAUGCGACCGUGGUUAAGGGCCUGACCUUGGGCACAGUCUGCGGCUCAUCGCACCAGUUAUGGGAUACCUGUGAUGACGGACCGAAGACAGGCAUCUGCCGCCCGAGCGUUUGGUGUAUCCUGACCCCGUCCCGAGCUGUCAGGCCUCAGACCCCUGCAGUGCGACCGUCGUGGAAUGUAUCCGGCGGUGACCGGAGCGACGAAAGUCGGAGGUGGCAGACGAAGCAUCUGUGCAUUGGGGGUGGCUGGGACAAUGGGAGAUUUGAGGAAUAUGACCCUUCAGAUGCACCAGGGUCACCGCAGUUGGAUCUCGAUCGCCCGGCGACUGGGACCAGGGGCAACUUCGGCAGCCACAAGGACAUCACGGACUCGCUCAUGAUGACCGCCGAAUAA